CCUAUUGACAUAAGUGAAAAGGCUUCUACAGCAUGGUUGCACUGGCAGAAAAAGACAGACCUGUUGCUCAGAUGUUACUGAAUUCUGGAACAUGUCCCCGCUGUAUUUUCAGGUUCUGUGGUGUAGGAUUGCAGACUUCCUACAGACAACCUCAUAAGAAUUUACUUCAUGAACUAUGCGAGUUCCUGGAGAGCAAUGAAGAUGAGAGCAAGUUAUCUUGUGAAAUGGCUAAUCCCCCAUGUAAAAAGAUCAAACUGGAAAAUGCUAAUGGGAUUAAAGAUAAAACCCCAAAUGGAAGCCAUCAGCUAAUCAAUGUGGACAAUAAUGGAAGUGACUCUGUGGCAAUUGAGAACUUAAAUCCAGUUGUGUGCAACAUAUGUUUGGGAAUUCUACAGGAUCUCUGUGAAAUGGACUUUGUCAAAGCUGUAUGCCAUAAGAUUAAUUCUUCUGAAUACCAGUUUUCCAGUUUUGUGUUUUCAGUGUCGUUCCCACCACAGCUUUCAGUCAGAGAGCAUGCAGCAUGGCUGCUGGUGAAAGAAGAAAUGGGGAAACAGGGCCUGUCAAUUGGUAAAGAUGACUUUGUUCAACUGAAAGAAGCAUACAAAUGGAUUAUCCAUCCCCUAUUCUUGGAGGCAUUGGGGGUCCCUGCUGAUGGAAAGAGCCUGUUUGAAGUGAGUGUUGUGUUUGCUCAUCCAGAGACAGAUGAAGAUUGCUGUUUCCUAGCUUCAGUGUGUCCAAGCUGCUUCAAACCAGCAAAAAAUAAACAGUCAGUCUUCACCAGAAUGGCCGUGGUAAAGGCUUUGGAUAUGAUUGAUGAAGAAGAGUUUCAGAAGAACUAUCCAUCUCCCCCAAGUUCCCCUAAAAUUCCUUGCACAGCUGUUGACAUUCAGUGCAACAAUGGUGCCAUUUUUGUGGCCGGAAGAUAUAAUAAAUAUUCAAGAACAUUACCUCAGACUCCUUGGAUUAUAGAUGGAGAGAGGAAGAUGGAAUCAUCUGUAGAAGAAUUGAUCUUGGAACAGCUCAUGGCUGCCUUCAAAGCAGACAGUUUUAAUUUUUCAUCCUCUGGAAGGGAAGAUGUGGAUGUGAGAACAUUAGGCAACGGAAGGCCCUUUGCAGUUGAGCUGGUUAAUCCUCGGAGAGUCCAGUUGGCUGCAGUAGAAAUGAAGGAGCUUCAACAGAGGAUCAACAAUUCUUCAGACAAAGUCCAAGUUCGUGAUUUACAGCUUGUCAACAGAGAGGCCAUUGUACAUAUGAAAGAAGGGGAAGAAGAGAAGACCAAGACCUACAGUGCCUUAAUAUGGACAGAAAAAGUGAUCCAAAAUGAAGACAUUACAUUUCUAGACUCUAUGAAGGAAUUAAAGCUUGAUCAAAAAACUCCACUACGUGUACUUCAUCGGCGACCACUAGCAGUCAGAAUUCGUGUCAUCCACAGCAUGCAGUCAGAGUACAUAGAUGAGCAUCAUUUCCGUCUUCACCUGAAGACACAAGCAGGGACGUAUGUUAAAGAAUUUGUACAUGGAGAUUUUGGAAGAACCAAGCCCAAUAUUGGUUUCCUGUUGGGGACAACUGCUGACAUCUUGGAGCUGGAUGUAGAAUCAGUGGAUGUUGACUGGCCACCAGCUCUAGACAAUUAAGAAGCAAUUUUAAUUUUCAAGAUGGGGGAAAAACUUGUCCAUGGCAGGAUUUAGAGCACUGUGGGAAGCAUUUUAUAAUCUGGCUGGAUGACUUUCCUGGAUCUUUGUAAACCAUUUUAGAUCAUGUUGAUCUGCUCAAAAGUGAUUUGUUUUUAAUUAGAACAAAUUGUUUCAAAUCGUCUUACACAUUUUAGAGAGAAUGCAUUUUACUUUGACCCCAUUACCAAUACAAUGUAAAUUUGUACCUAUUAGUGUGGAUACAGAUCCUCAAAGAGAGGAUGGUUUUGAAUUUCUGUACAAAGGGGGAGAUUUAGAAACCAGAAGGUAAUGUUGCAUGACAACUCUCAACAAGCACAUUUUUCCAGCAGAUCCCUGGGCGCUCUUUACCUGAAAAAGGAGGAAACCCCAUUUUGUCUAGCAGUACCUUUUCAGUUCAGUUUUUAAAUAACACAUUUCCUUGUGCUUGCAUGCCUUAAAGCAGCCUUCUCUUCCUAAGUGCUUUCCAGAUGUGUGGGAAGACUCCACUAGAAUUUCCAGCCAGCACCAUUAUUGUUGCUGGGAACUCUGGGAGUUCUACUCCCACACAUCUAGAGAGAGGUAGGCUGGGCAAGGCUAACUUACAUACACUGUUGAGACUGUUUCGGUAAAUUCAGCUACUUCAUCCCCUUUCUUAUUGUACUGCCAACAGAGUAGCAUGUACAGGGAAGCAGCACACUGAAUAUAGCAAAAUUUAAGAAUACUUUUUAUGCGUAAUAAUCUCUUCCUAACAGCACUCCAGAUCCACCACAGAAAAGAGCAAUAAGACACCUGUUAGAGUGCUCCUGAUUGUUGUGAUUGAGCUGCUGCUGAAUAGUGCAGUUUGCAAGGUUGCUGAGCCAUCAGCAUGCAAUCCCAGUAAAACUAUGUUGCAGGUUAGUCCUAUAUAAGUUGACUCAAACGUAUGGCUGCUCUUCCUGGGGUGGUAUUCCUGUGCAUCAUUAAUUGGGGGGAAGAGUAAGUUCCACUGCAUUCAGAGCAGCUUGCCUCUUCCCCCAGUUAAUGGUGCAUGGGAUUGCUUCCCGGCCACACACACAAUGUGAAUCCGCACGCACUCACACACCAAUAUGGAUACAGCCUCAAAACAAUACAUUCCCCCAAAGGAAGGAGACGUGUUUAUCUUUUGACAUGGUGCCAUUAGGCUAAAAUGAGGAAACUGUUUCCUAGGACUCCUUUGAGGUUUUCAAGGAAUGAUGUUUAGCUAAGGCUAUAGCUCCCCCCACCCCCAGAUCAUGUGAAGUGCAAAGAAAGUUCUGAUAGGAGGUAAAGCUUUUGAGCCAAAAAUGUUCUGAACUCUUUAUAAAGAAAAUAAAUUCUGUUUUUCUUUCAAAA